AAAGGGAACGAAGCUAGAGGGGGAAUAUAAAAAUCGUAGAAACAAGAACUGAGGAAUUAUUUGAGCUCGCGAGUUCGACAAAUGUAAUCUUCAAGAAUCUUACGUCAAAAUACAUUGUGUAAUAAGAUCUGACCAAAUAAUAAUUUUUAAAGAACAAAACAAAAAUGUGCAAAAUCUGUCUGGACAAGUCUUGAAAAUUUGAUUUAUUAGAAGUGGAACAAUAUCCAUCUGAACAUUUAAACAUCAAAACGAAAGAUCUGAGAGCGAAGUCUAAACACGAUCUUUACUUGGGACUUGACAACAUUGAAGGAACUUAUUAGCAUUGAAAGAACUUGCCGACAUUAGAGAAACUAAUUCUCAACAUUUAGAUUACGACAGAAAUACAAUUAAAGAAAACCUUGAGAGCUGAAGGCUCAUCGUGUAUCAUACGAUCAAACUACAUAAUUGUUGGAAUACUGAACGAUCAACAUGUUUUUCUAUCUACUUAAUGUAUUCAGUAUUAUAUUAUUUGGAUUAGCAUCUGGAGAAUUUACUUUCCCUGCAACCAUCUGCAAACGAAAUUCAAUUGAUUAUUCCGCUUGUUUAAAACAAGCUUUUGAAGAAGCAAUUCCACAGUUUGUCAAAGGACUUCCAGAAUUUGACCUUCCAUCACUGGAUCCAUUAGUUUACAAGUUCGGCCAAGUUUUAUUUAAUUCAGAGGGUAUACACGCAGAAGUUGCUUUGAUGAAUGCUAUCAUAACCGGUUUGGCGAAGGUUCAAGUUAAUGACAUUAGAACACACUUUCUUGAUGAUGUUUUCCGUUUAGAAAUUGACGCACUAGUACCGAAAUUAAUCCUAAAAGGUGUUGUGAAAAUGAAUGGUACUCUAGGUAUAUUCAGAAUUGCUAGUGAAGGUCCCUUUAAUUUGACUGCUAAUGAUGUCAAUGGAACAUGGGAUAUGACAGGACAUGUAGUAAAUGAUACAUGGAUUGUAGAACAUGUCCGUGUACUUCCAGCAGUUAAAAAACUUAAAUUAUAUUUUGAUUUGUUCCAAGACAAUAAAGAAAUUAAUAAUAUUGCCGUAAAUUUUGUAAAUGAAUUUUGGCCACCAUUGUAUCGAGUAAUGUUACCAGUAACGUCUGAAGUAUGGGAUCCAUGGUUGACUGACCUUGUUAAUAAGUUAUUUUCAAAAGUUUCCUUCUCAAAAGUAUUUCCAUAAAAUUCAUAUAUUUUACUAUACAUUAAGAAAUAUAAAUAGAUAAUAAGAAAUUAGAGUAUCAUAUGAUAAGAACCACGAUUUAUAUUACUAAAUUUUUUUAAGUUCUUUAAACUUAAG